AUGCCUUUUAAAUGGACUAAAAAGGAAUUAAAAAGGUCUUCUCUGUCAUUCUAUUCACUACACCAAACCCCCCCUUCUGGACUUCCACAAGAAAGCCAACCACAGAUCAGAGUGGGAAGGAAUGAUAAACUGUUAUGGAUUUGUGCAUUUAUUGUCAUUCUUGCAUCUGUGGUUUGUCCUGAAUUAUAUCUGCACUUUUUUGACUCAACUCCACCUGUUCUAAAAGACUUUAAAGUGGUGGAUGUGUUCAAUCAGGAAAUGGAAAAACUUAAGACUAGCUUUCCAAAUCAGCGCCCAGAGCUCUGGAAGAGGAGCAUUUUACAUAUCAAACGCCACCUAACGACUGACCAUCCCACUGAACCUGUCAGUCUGAUUCUAACAUCUGGUCCUAGGGCUGAAAGGACUCUUGGUUGUCUGACUCAGUGCUUGGCUCAAGCCUAUUCCACUGCCCGUAACUCUUCAGUUCUGAACAUUAAUGGAAAAAGCAAAGCAUCACAAGACAGCAAUCAGGUCAAGAUGGACAUUGAUGAAGAACUAAGCAAUGCCUUUGGGGGUGAAAAGUUUGCUGCAAUUAUCCACCAUUUUGAGGAGCUCCCUCCUGGAUCCACUCUCAUCUUCUAUCGUUACUGUGACCAUGAAAAUGCAGCUUAUAAAAACAUCCUCCUGACCUUUACUGUAAUGCUUGAUGCAGAGGUGCCAUCCAGUGCCAGUCUAUCAAGUGUUGAGGACAUGGUAUAUGAUCAUAUAAAACAGAAGUUUGUCUCCUCUGACAAGUCAGCUAAAUUUAAUCGAAUGGAUGUGGACAAACUGAGUGGACUGUGGAGCAGAAUUUCACAUGUCAUCUUACCGGUGUCCGUAGAAGAGAAAAUUGAACAUCAGGGCUGUGAGGACUGUGGUGAAUCUUCUUGAUAUCAUUUUUGCGCAAAUUACUCUUUUUAAAAAAAAAAAAAAAAACUCAUGCAUUGCCUUCAAAUGCAGACUCAUACUUUGAAUUAUAUAU